CGCAAAAAGCGAUUGAGUCCUUGUAGCGAAAUAUAAAAAAUAGAAAAGUCCCUUUCUCUAUUAAACUACUUCAUUUAUCACGCCUUUUAAACUGAAUAAGCAGUUUAAGUGAACUUUCGAUGUACAUGAAAAUUAAUUUUGUUUAGUCUGACGACGCCGAGGCUUUGGCUCCUUCUGCGUGAAUUUACUGAUAUUUACUUUCUUCGUCUAACUUUUUAACAUUAAAUGGCUGUACGUUCGUACUAUUGAAACAGAAAAUUUGAUUUGAGCAUUUGAAAGCUAUUAAUUCUUUCAAAUCAAUUGUACGAAGUUGAAAAAUGUAUUUUACUUUCUCGCUAUUACAGUCUUGCAACUAAAAACAAACUGAUGACAGCUUAAACAAAAAAAAAAACAGUCCAAAUUUGACCUCAGAAAACUUGACCGAAAAUAAAAAAAAACCGACGUUAUGAGUUCGCCACCAGCUGUCGCGGCGAUCAAGCAACCCACAGAAGUUGACCUGAGGAAGAAGGAUUCGACAUCAAGUUCAACUAUAGUCACCACCCGGGAAAGCUCCUCGGAUGGAAGCGGAGGCGAGGAUGACGCCUGCAACUUCCUGAACUGCGGUUGUCUGGAGACCUUCUCUAACGUUGUAACUGGAUUCAUCGAGGGCAUUUUCUACAAGAUCGGCCUGUUCACUGGAUCCUAUCCCUGGGCAGGUAUCCUGAUUGGUCUGGCCAUUUUCUUCAUUCCUCUGGCAGGCAUUGCCCGCUACAACGAGGAGACAGACGGGUCCAAACUGUGGGUUCCUCAGGACUCAAGGGCAGUUGCGGACUACAGGCGGUCCACUGACUUGUUCCCUGGCUACCAGAGGAUAGCACAGGUCAUAGUAGUGGCCACAGAUGUGCUGGACUCCGCCAUACUCACAGAAGCACUCACUCUAGAUGAGAAGAUCAAAGCCAUAACUGUGCAGAGCGGAAAUCAAAAUGUGAGUAAAGUGAUUAAGUUGAAUCAAACGUAA